CCGAAAUCGUAACGAAAACAUAACGGUUCAUUAGACACAGCGCCGAAGGCUCUGUGCAAACAUUCUACAUUUUAUCUCGCACGCCAUCCUCAUACAGACGUAAGGAAAAAGCUGAAAUCACGCAAUGUUGCUCCAGUUAAUUUUUCUCAAUUUUCUCGCUACGAUUGGGGCAAGCGUUCGACACAAAAGGUAUCUAGUAUACCCUGACGGAGGCCCGGCAAGAGCUCAGUUCAUUAUAGGUCUGGGUAUACCAGUAGAUUUAAAAGAAGCAUCUGUAACAGUAGGCACUGUUAUCAAGUUUCAAUAUGAUUUGCCAACAAAUAGUUCAGAAUAUACUAGUAGAAUAUAUGGAUUUGCAAAUACCGUUUCUAGAGAUAUGAACGGUGAACCUGAUGAAGAUUCAGGAACUGAACUUGAUACAGGCGAUGCUAGAAUGGGUGAUACAGAAAAUACAAUUGAUGAUAGUAUAGAAGAAGAAAAUAACACAUUAGUUGAUUUAACAUUUCAAGGGGAUAGGCGAAAACGAUCACUAGUUUAUGCUGAAGGUGGUACUAUAAAUACAGAUUUGACAGAAUCAAGUACUGAACUAUCCUUAGAAGAAGCUAUCAGGCGACAAGAGAUAAUCGAUCAAAAUAAUAUAGAAGAGCAAGAGCCACAAAAAAUGAAUAGAUGGGACUUUUACAAAAUACUAGAACAUAUGGCUGAGAGAUACGGUUAUUCAGGGCGGCCGUGCCUGCUCCGAACAAUCUGUGAGGCUGCCAAGGUUCCUUUCACUCACGAAAACGGUUUGCUCGCAGAAAUUGGUCAUAUAUUAUUCACUCCAUCAACCACCAAGGACACGCUGUCUCAUCACACAGACAACGAGUACCACGCAGCAGAGCGAUUUGGUAGAGAGAUUGGGGUGGACUGUGAGGAUUUGUUUCCAGAAUGCGAGGGCUCCAUACUAGAGACGUUUACGGAGAUCGGAGAAGACACGAUGCAUAAAUUUGGACUGCUUUAAUUAAACAGAUAAAAAUGAC